AUGACUAAUUGUGAACCCUUACACGUCCCACGUUUAGUUAAUCCGAUCACUGGUAUUAAUAACGUUCCGCAUGAGUCUGGGGAACAGCCUUUCUUUGGAUAUGCGCCUGGCGAAACUAUCGUUCGAAUUAUGAAUUGCCCAGAAUGUGGAAAACCUGUAAGCGCUGCUCAUAUGGAAGAUCAUCUGAAGACUCAUCAGUAUCAGAACUAUUCCUCAACAAACCAUGAUACAACAUUUCGUUUGGCUACUUCAUCAAAAUUUUCUCCAAGUAGGCCUUGUAGGUAUGCUGAGCGAAAUGCUUACUCCUUCCAAAUGCUUAUCGAAAGUUCCAAAAACUAA